AUGUCUCAACUGAAGCAAGACGAACCUAUCAUCCAUGAAACUGGAGGACUUUUCCACAGCAACCGUAAAACCACUAACUUUGGGGAGAACUUCUUCCAAAUGGCCGGUCACAUCAAUCAAUAUUUCAAGGGUCAGAGUGGAUUGGAUGAGGACAAUGAUAGAAAUCUCCUAACGGAGAUGGACCCUAAAUCUGCUACCUCUGAGAGACUGAAGACUGUAUCCUUUAUGGACUGCCUUUGCAACCCCACAAGCGCCAUCCCUGAUUUGCUGAGUGCUUAUCUAAAACUGGGCCCCUUGUCCCAGCCCGGUAAGCUCAAACCGGCUAUGACUUCCCCAGAGGCAAUGCUAAAUAGAAAGGUUGUCUUGAGUCGGAGGCAGGCAGAGGAAAUGACACAAGGGUUGAUUGGCACUCUGUCACAGGCUUCCUCUCCAGAAGCUCUGACUGCCUGCGUGGAGGCACUCAAUGAACACCUUAUCCAUUACCCAUCAUGCAAAGCUUUAAUGUGGCAGGAGAAAACCGCGGUCACAUUGUUAAGAAAGCGAAGAACCUGCAGAGAUAACCAGGUGCUUCAGAGCGCCUUAAGAGAAAGCUUUGCUUUAAUUGGCUACGUGGAUCCAGUCAAAGGCCGUGGCAUUAGAGUGCUCUCAAUUGAUGGUGGUGGCACAAGAGGUGUGGUGCCUUUGCAGGUAUUAAAGCUACUGGAAGCUGAGACAGGCAAGAAAAUCCACCAGCUGUUUGACUACAUCUGUGGAGUGAGCACAGGUGCCGUCCUAGCCUACAUGCUGGGCCUGGCCCAUUUUUCUCUGGAAGAGUGUGCAGACAUGUAUCGUCGUUUUGGCUCCGAAGUGUUUCGGCAGAACCCGCUGGUUGGUACCGUAAAGAUGGGCUGGAGUCACUCUUACUAUAGCACUGACACCUGGGAGACAAUACUACGAGAAAAGCUGGGAAAUAGAGUACUUAUCAAAACAGCCAGGGAUGAGUUGACUCCUAAGGUUUCAGCAGUCAGCGCAGUGGUAAACUGGGGUACCACUCCAAAAGCCUUUGUCUUCCGCAACUACAACCACAAACCAGGCUCUCUCAGCCGCUACGCCGGAGGCUCAGUCUGCCAGAUGUGGCAGGCAGUGCGAGCAUCAUCGGCUGCCCCAGGAUACUUCCAGGAGUUCCCCUUACAAAGUGACAUUCACCAGGAUGGAGGAAUUAUCCUAAACAAUCCCUGUGCCUUGGCUGUCCAUGAGAGCCGUCUAUUGUGGCCCAACCAGCCCUUCCAGUGUGUGCUGUCCCUUGGCACCGGUCGCUAUGACAAUGCAAAGAGGGGACCUGCCACCUCCACCAGCCUGAGGGCCAAAAUCAGCACCCUGAUCAACAGUGCUACAGACACUGAAGGGGUCCACACCCUUUUGGAUGAUCUGUUGCCUCCAGACGUGUACUUCCGCUUCAACCCCAUGUUGAGUGCUGUGGUGUCCCUGGAUGAGAGCCGUCCACGGGCCAUGGACCAGCUGCAGAGAGACACCCAGAACUACCUGGAGAGAAACCGGCCCAAACUGGCCAGGCUCUGUUUGGUGCUUGGGGCGGAGCGCUCAGCUGCAAGCAGAACUAAGGACUGGAUGAGUGAGAGGGCCUGGGAGAUGAAGCAGAGAUGGGUGUGA